UUUUUUUGUUGCUUUAUGGAUGAUCCAUCGUUAUUACCUUUUUUAAAUAAUAAUAAUAAUAGUAAUGGACAUCAUUAUUCCAUUGACAUUGAUGAAGAUGUUGAACAUGAAGAAGAUGAAUUAGAUGAUGAUGAAUUACAAGACUAUGAUCAAAAUCAACAAUAUCCCGAAGAUGAAAUUGAUGAAGAUGAAAUUGAAGAAGAUGAUAUUGAUGAUGAUGAAGAAAAUCAAGAUGAACAAGAAAUUCUUAUACCUCCGCCUCCACCACCUCCACAACAACAACAACAAAUAAUUCAAUCGGAACGUGGUGGACGUCGAAAAGGCGUACCACGUCGUUUACAAUUAUCACCACAAAUAAUUAAAGCACCAGCUCCACAACAACGUUUAUUACCAUUAACAUUACCUAAAACUUCAACAAGUGUACAUCAUCAUGACCAACCAAUAUUGACAUCCGAUCAAGAAGAUGACCAGCAUGAUGAAGAUUUAAAUAAUGAAAAUCAUCUAGAUGAAUAUUUUGAUCAUCAUGAUAAUAAACAACAAAAUUGUAUUCAAUUAGAUUUAUUAGCUAGACAUUUAAUUGAGAAUAAUGAAGAUGAAUAUGAUGAAAAUAAUAAUAAUAAUCAUAGUUAUAAUGAUGAAGAAAAUAUUUUCGAAAUUGUUGAUGAUCUUUUAGCUGAUAUUGUUACAACUAUUGUUCGAGAUAUAAGAGAACAACGUCAAAGAAAUUUUAAACAACAACAACGAAUAACUAAUGGUAAAACUAAUGGACAUUUAAAUUAUAAAUCACAAACAAAUGGUUACGCAAAAUCAAUACAAAAACAAGAACAAAAACUUACGAAUGGAAAAAUUAAUACAAAUGGUUUUACUCAAACGAACAGCACAAAAUCAUCGAAAUCUCAUUCUCAACAAUCUCUAUCAUCAUCAUCAACAACAACAAAAGUCUCAGAUCCAUCACUAUUAUUUAAUGAAUUUACUAAAAUGAUGCAUUUAAAUUCCCAACAACAAUUAGUCAAACAUAAACAUUCACUAUCAUCAUCGUCAUUUUCUUCUCCGCCAUCAGCUAAACGACAAAAAACAUCAGAUACAUCGUCAUUAUCUCAACCAACGACACCAUUAUCACUUCAACAACAACAACAUCAACAACUACUAUGGCAAAUGACACAACAAUUAAUGAUGUCAGCACAAACAAAUGAUCAAGAUGGUUCAUCAUUACUUAAACAACAACUUCUUGGUUUAACACCACCAGGUACAAUACCAAAAAAAGUUGGUCGUCCACCAAAACAACAGACACAACCACAAAUUAUGCGUUCAAGUACAAAUAUGAUUCCACCAACAUCUCAUUCGUCAGCAAAUACUUCGCCAUUUGAACGUGGUAAUUUUGCGCCAAGACGUCGUGGUAGACCACCAAAAUAUGUUACUGAACGAGGAGCAAUUCCUGGUCUAUCUUCUCAUGAUCUUGAUGCAUCACCAUAUGAUCAACUUUUUGCUGCAAUUGAAAAUAGUGUUAAUGGAAAUUCUGCACGAACAUCAUCAGCAACAUUACAAUCAGCAAUAGCAUCUAUGCUCGGACAUCAGAGUGGCUUAACGAUACCACCACCACCAAUAAUCCCUCCUCCAGCAGCUCGAAAUGGUGCACCAGCAUCAAUGGUUAAACAGUCAGCCGGACAAACACGCCAUAGUUUACCAGUUCCUUCAAAUGCUUCGAAAUUAUCACAUGGAGACGGAGGUAAUGAACUUGAUAUGCCAUUAAUGGCUACAAAAAAACGUGGUCCUGGUCGACCACCUAAAACUCAAAUGUUACUUGAUUCUCAUCAAGUUCUACAAGCAACUAAACGAAUGAAUUCAUUAUCAUCGUUAUCGAAUAAUACUAAUAUAAAUAAUAAUACUAAUAAUAAUUUUCCACCAACAAUGGUACCAUCAUCACCAACUUCAUUUAAUUUAAAUGCUGCCUUUGUUGAAAUGUUACAACAACAGCAACAACAUCCACAUUAA